AUGUGCGACCCGAUAAAUAAGUCCCAUACGAUUGUUGGUGGGGAUGACGUGGAUGUUCGUAGGGUAGAGGACCAACCAGGCCCGCAACGUACUUCCGAGAACUUUUUGGGCACUUUUGUCACCCACACUUGCGCGCAGCCUCGCGCGCUGCCUCAUGCACAGCUACGGCGCAAUCUCCAGGAUCAUCACGCGCGAACCCUGGAGUCUGACAAGUCAAAGGAUCCCGUCUGCACAAUGGGUCGUGCCACCCAUCGGUGUCCACCUAAAUUGCGUCUCUGA